AUGGAAACAACGUGUGAUAUAAAACUUUUUAAAAAAUGGUCAUAUGAAGAGGUUAACAUUGCUGAUUUAUCAUUGGUGGAUUGCAUAGCAGUAUCUCAGAAAGCAUGUGUUUAUACCCCACAUACAGCUGGUAGAUAUCAAAAAAAAAGAUUCAGAAAAGCAUUAUGCCCUAUAGUAGAAAGAUUAGUAAAUUCUAUGAUGAUGCAUGGAAGAAAUAAUGGAAAAAAAUUAAAAGCAAUAAGGAUAGUUGCAUAUGCAUUUGAAAUAAUUCAUUUGAUGACUGGAGAAAAUCCUAUACAAGUUUUCGUAAAUGCAGUACAAAAAGGUGGUCCUAGAGAGGAUUCUACAAGAAUUGGUUCAGCUGGUGUUGUGAGAAGACAAGCUGUUGAUGUAUCUCCUUUAAGAAGAGUAAAUCAAGCUAUUUAUUUAAUUUGUACAGGUGCUAGAAAUGCUGCUUUUAGAAAUAUUAAAUCAAUAUCAGAGUGUUUAGCAGAAGAAAUUAUACAUUGUGCCAAUGAAUCUUCUAGUUCUUAUGCAAUCAAAAAAAAAGACGAGAUUGAAAGAGUUGCAAAGGCAAAUCGUUAA